AUGAAUCUUCUGGAUCCGAACGUUCCACGUCAUCUUGUAGAAGACGUUGAGAAACGAAUGAAAAACGAGAAGGGUUGGCAGUUGGCUAGAGCGAGACGCGGUAAUAUGAAAGUGGUCCGUCACACACGGGCGGCACACAGCAUGGACGAGAGCAACGAUCGAGCGACCCGGAAAAUGUCGGCAGAAGCGGUGUCGCGGAAAUCGUCAUUUGUUAAUAGUCGAAUUCUAAAUCGAGGGUCUCGUAAUCACCCAACAUUGAAUGGCAGUGAUGACGCUGAAUGCAGAAGCAAUGAUAGUUCAUUGAGCGUCCGCGACGGUUAUCAAUACGACGAACCUUCCUGCUCGGAGCCGAUAGACGACGGUGGUACUCGACGAGCAAGAUCAGUGACUUCUUCCCGAAUCUCGUUGUUUUUCGUAAAGGACAAUAAAGAGAUGUUGAGAAUUUUGAAUCAGCGAAAAGAGGAGACCGAUCAGGAGUACGCGAACUACAAACUAGAAAAGGACUGGAGAGAAAUUGUCAAGGACUAUCGAAAUUUGUCGGAUAAAAGUGUCAAACAACAGGAGGCGAUUUGGGAGAUUGUGGCCACCGAGCAUCGGUAUAUCAAACUGUUGAGAUACCUCUCCGAGCUGUCGUUCUAUAUUACCGAUUUGCAAAGUUCCGGAUUUUUGAAAGACAUUCAAAAUCGUCUAGAACUGUUUGUUCAAUUGUGUAACGUCAAUUACGAUUCCCUUUGGGUCCAAUCGAUUGACCCGUUGCUCAGACACUCCCGAGAAACUGGCGAACCGUUGGACGUCAACUUUUUGCACAAUGGAUUCAGAGACAUUGAGAGCUGGUCACGAUGCUAUGCGAGUUUUCUCAUGACUCAAAGCGAUUCGAUGAAAUAUAUUCAAAAACGGACGAAGGAUAAUGAGCAGUUUAGAGAUUUUGUGACGUGGGCCGAGUCCCAAGAGACCCUAGAUCGCCAAAAGUUGAUCGACACGUUCUCCCAACCGAUGCAACGACUCACCAGAUACAAAUUGCUUCUUUUGGCCGUCCAAAAAGUGACAGUAGACAAAAACGAGUGCGAAAUGCUUCAAACGCUGGUAGACUGCACGGGAAAAGCGAUAUCGCAACAAGACUGGGAGCUGAACAAUAACAACUUGCGUGCCAAACUAGAAGACGUCAUGAAGACUAUCGAUGGACCGGAAUUUGUGGAUAUGGACGAGUUGGACAGAGCAUUUAAACUUCAAUUACCCCUAAAUCUUGGUGCUUUUAUGCCACUGCUUAACCCACGAACUCCAACGUAUCGCGAGAUUUUUCAUCGAGGAGAUUUGAGAAUGCAGGAGGGGAAAAAGGGGUCCAAAAUCGAUGUGCACUGUAUUAUCUUCACUGAUAUGUUCCUAAUUUGUCGAAGAGUUCAAGCCAAAAAGGAUCGACUGAAAAUCCUGCGACCUCCAAUUCAUGUUGGCAAAAUUGUGUUUCAUUAUUUCCAAGAUCAAAACGGAUUCUCAUUGCUCAGCCUUACCGACUUCCACAGCCCAGCUGCUCUCUACUCAAUGUAUACUUCUGGUCCCGAAGAGACUUUGCGAUGGACUGAAAUGUUGAAGAACGCAAUUGAAGACUUCAAACGCAUCCAUCAGGCAUCGUGGUCUCAAAAGGAUCAAGGAUCGCCGAUUGAUGAAUAUGGGCGGGGCUUGUUCAUCGAGAACAGUAACCCGUAUUCUCAGAGAAUGAUGCCACCUGGAUACGCGUCGCAACAGAGUCAACACAUGCCGGUUAUACAUCGGAAAGCGAGUAGUAUGGACUCGCAGGCCGUCGCUGCGAGUUAUGCACAUUUGAAUUAUAUGCACCGAAGCUCCGCAGUCUCCUCCACCGAGCAACUUGAUCGUCAUCCGAACGGACUAGACUCCAUGAAGUGUACACCACCUCGUCAUAAGCUAAGCGUUGCCAGCUGUCAUGCAAAUCCCCUGUCUUCCAGUAAAAGUUCAGUGGAUUUAUACGUCUCUCUUGGCGCCGAGAAUGGAGACAUCGAGCGGCCAAGAAGUCGAUCAAAUUCCAGUGGACCAGAUAUCGAAGGAUUGAAGCAGAGAUCCAGAAGCAACUCACCAGCACAUAUUGGGACCCCAGCAGAAUGUGAAUCCCCACAGACAACAACACCAUGUCGCGACUCCCCAACACUUUUGAUCACUUCUGAUGACUGUGUGGAACCUUGUCAAUCUGGAAGGCGUUUCGAGAAACGAUACCAUACGGCAGACGGGAUCGAUGUUCUUAAACCCAAAGGAUCAAUGCUAUCCGGUGCGAUUCUCAAAAGAUUCUCGUGGAACGUCGGAUCAGCUGUCGGAGGAUCCAGUCGGAAGCGGUUAGAAAGUUCUAGAAGAAUCUCGGCGACUGCUGUCACCCAAGGAUCGAUAGAUAGUUUUGGAAGCUCGACGAGUGGGAUUUCAACGGCGUCGUCGAAUAAUAACAAUAAUAAUGAUCCGAAUAUGGAGGCGUUGGCGACAAAACUCUCUCACAUCUCGACCAUCUCGAUCAACGAUUCGCCAGCCGUUGAGCCCCAAGCGACGUUAUCAAUUCAUCUGGAAGGCCCUCCAGCUGUGGUCCACGAGAAAGACGAAGAAGAUCAACAAUCGACCGAGCUACCUCCACCGGCUCCAGAACUCCCACCACCCAGCAAAACGCCAUCUCCAAAUUUGCCGUCGGAGAAGAAAUCGGAAAAAUCGAAUUCAAAAUGUCAGGAUUUUAUGAAAUUCAUUUUGGAUAACAAUUUGGAGACAUCGUGA